AUGGAUCCUCAACAGCGCCUGUUACUCGAGACUGUGUACGAAGCCCUGGAAGCCGGGGGACAAAGGAUGGAAGACCUUCAGGGAUCUAAUACCGCCGCGUUUGUUGGAUGCUCACUCGCAGAUGCGGUUCAGGCGCUCCGCUCAGGGUCAACAAAUCUGGCUAUAGCCGCCGGCACCAACCUGAUUCUGGGGCCAGAGAACUAUAUCGCGGAGAGCAAACUUAGGAUGCUGUCCCCCACAGGCCGCUCACGGAUGUUUGACGCCUCGGCCGACGGCUAUGCUCGUGGGGAGGGAGUUGUCACAGUCGUAUUGAAGCGACUCAGCGAUGCGAUCCGGGACGGCGACGCGAUUGAAUGUGUCGUCCGCGAGGCGGGUAUCAACCAGGACGGCAAAACCAACGGCAUCACAAUGCCAAGCUCAGAAGCGCAGGCGCGAUUGAUUCGGCAGGUCUAUAGCAGUGCCGGUCUUGACUCACGGAAACCAUUUGAUCGAUGUCAGUACUUUGAGUGUCACGGGACGGGAACACCAGCUGGAGACCCGCUCGAAGCGCAAGCAAUCAGGAAUGCAUUUUUUGGUGACGGGGAUGCACCUCGGGAGGAGGAGGACCUCCUCUACGUGGGGUCUAUCAAAACCGUGCUUGGACACACGGAAGCCACUGCAGGCCUCGCCGGUCUGCUGAAAGCCAGCUUGGCCCUGCGCCAGGGGGUGGUUCCGCCGAACAUGCUGUUUGAGAGGAUAAAUCCCGAGGUCCAGCCGUUUUAUUCUGGAUAUUUACAAGUUCCCACGAAACCUGAGCCAUGGCCAGACCAACUCGUAGCGGAUGGCAGCCCGAGGAGGGCGAGCGUCAACAGCUUCGGGUUCGGUGGUGCCAACGCACAUGUGAUAUUAGAGAGCUGGGACGACGACAGAGAACGCCCAAAUGGGGAAGGUAGGCCUUGUCUUGCACCAUUCGUGUUUGCGGCACAUUCGGUCAGUUCGAUCAAGGAGCUUCAGUUGAGAUACUCGGCCUUCUUACGAGAGCGCAGAGACGAAGUCGAUCUGGCGGACCUUGCAUGGACACAAUAUGCCCGCCGCACGCAGAAAUUACCAGUACGAAGUUACAUUGCCGCCACAACCAUAUCCGGCCUCAUUGAACAGCUUGAGGCUGCAGGAUCAGAGCAGGAUGGCCCAUCAAAGCAAGCGCGGCCAGUGGUGUCUCAACCCAAGUCGCAAACGCCCAAGUUUAUAGGAAUAUUUACAGGUCAAGGCGCACAAUGGGCCGGAAUGGGACGAGAGUUGCUCCAGCACUCUGAAUACGCCCAAAGAAGAAUUGGCCAGCUGGAUUCCCACCUACAGCAGCUCCCUCCGACCGACCGGCCCUCCUGGUUGAUUUCGGAGACUCUGUUGGACCAGAGCGAUAUAGGUGCAGCAUCGCUGUCCCAGCCAGUAUGCUGCGCAGUACAGAUCCUGCUGGUUGAUCUUAUCACCGCGGCAGGAAUCAGCUUUCACAGCGUUGUCGGGCACUCCUCGGGCGAGAUCGCAGCGGCCUAUGCAGCAGGCUACCUUUCCGACGUGGACGCCAUGACAGUUGCCUAUUACCGAGGUAUACAUUCGGCGCCGAAACAGGGUACUGGAUCUCUCGCUGGUUCGGAUGGACCCGGGAAGAUGAUGGCUGUCGCCACGUCGCGAGAGGAUGCGCUGCAUCUAUGUUCAUUGAGGAGAUUCAGAGGUCGAAUCUGCGUGGCAGCCCACAACGGGCCAAACAGCGUCACACUGUCCGGCGACGAGGAUGCUAUCCUCGAAGCCAAGGUCGUGUUCGAGGACGAGGAGAAGGGCGCCAAGGUCCUAUUCGUCGAUCAGGCAUACCAUUCACACCACAUGUUGCACUGCGCCGAGGCUUACGGGGAAUGCCUGUCUACGCAAGCGGCGACAUUCAAUGGGAGCCGGCCGAAGUCGCAAUGGUUCUCGAGUGUAUAUGUUGAAGAAGCCACAAGGCUUGUCGAAGACGGCAGGCUGAACCAGGGGUACUGGAAUGCAAACAUGAUUGGCGAGGUGAAGUUUGCCGAUGCCCUCCGGAAAGCCGUGAGCGAGGCUGGGCCUUUCGACGCGGCGAUUGAAGUCGGUCCUCAUGCGGCUCUUAGAGCCCCUUCACUUGCAACAUUGUCCGACUAUAACCUAGACCUUAAAGAUUUACCCUACACUGGGCUCUUGAAAAGGGGACAGAACUCUACAGAGUCAGUAGCUGCUGCACUGGGUUACCUCUGGGCGCAUCUCGGGGGCAAAGCGGUUGAUAUUCAGGGAUACGAGGCUCUCAUUCGCGGUCCAAGGGCGAACCGGCUGGUCACUGGACUGCCGCGAUAUGCGUGGGAUCAUGGCCCAAACCAAGAAUACUGGCACGAGUCACGUGUGAGCCGCGCAUUCAGGAGCCGCAAGCCAACGCACGAGCUUCUUGGAAAUAUGCUGCCGGACGGAACUCCGGGAAGGUCGUACCGAUGGCGAAACCACCUCAGCGUCAACGAGGUGCCAUGGCUGGGUGGACACCGCGUGCAGGGCCAGGCCGUGUUUCCUGCUGCGGGUUACGUCUGUAUGGCUUUCCAGGCGGCGAGGUCUGUCGUCGAUCUCAACCGGCCCAUGGAGCUGCUCGAGGUUCGCGACGUCAAUAUCGACAGCGCUCUUGCGUUCCCCGAGGACGACGUUGCAGUGGAGACCCUGUUCGAGAUGGUGGACAUCAACAUGGAUGAGAAGGCCGGCCGCCUCGACGCCCGGUUCUUUUUAUCUGCUGCGACGGGUGCUGGGGUGGACGCGUUGUCGCCGAAGGCCAAUGGCCGCAUCGUCGUGCUAUUCGGGGACGCAAGCGUGGACAGUGAUGAUGUUCUGCCUUUGAGACCAGACCCCGAGCCUAUGAUGAAGUCGGUUGACGACAGGAAGUUCUACGACGCCUUGUCAAAGACCGGUUUUGGCUACAGCGGGCCAUUUAGGGGGCUGAGCCACAUGCGCCGUAAGGCAGGCUUCGCGACGGGCCAGAUCCAAAACCUGGUAAAUGUGUCUCUCGAUGACCCGCGGAAAGCCAUGAUAGUACACCCUGCCUUCCUCGACCUGGCCUUCCAAGCUAUCAUGCUGGCAUAUUGCUAUCCUGAAGAUGGACGGCUAUGGGCUGUCCACGUCCCUCGACAUAUCCGCUCCAUCCAGAUAUCCCCCGAGCUCUGCGCUGAGCAUCUUACAUGCACCCAGCAGACCAGCAGCCACAUUCAGCCGUUGUAUUUCGAUGCUGUUGAAACUAGUGCAAGCUUUGACGGUGUGGUCGGCGACGUCGGCGUCUAUGCCCCGGAUGGUCAGAGCUGCAUGGUGCAGGUCGACGGUCUGCACUUCGUCCCCUUGGCAGAGGCGUCACCCGAGAAUGAUACUAGGGUAUUUUCCAAAACAGUCUGGGCUCCGUCAGAGCCAGAUAUCCCAGCUGUCUGCUAUGAUGGACUCGCCUCAGCCAAGGACCAUGAGCUGGCAUUGGAUCUUGAGCGGGCCUGCGUUUGCUAUCUUCGACAGUGGGCGACGGAGUUCACAUCGAGUCACCCUAUCCGUGUUGACGGCACGUCGCCUCUAAGAGGCCUGCUUCGAUACGCUGAUCAUGUCUUGAGCCAAGUCGCAAGCGGAAAUCACAAACACGCCUCACAGGAAUGGAUGUCAGAUGACCCGCUCGUCGUUCUGCCUGCCCUCUUGGACAAGCAUGGCGACGAGUGCUUGGACCUCAAGAUGGUCAACACGGUCGGACAGCAGAUACCCGCGGUGUUGCGCGGAGAGACCACCAUGCUGGAACAUCUACUUCAUGAUGAUUUGUUAUCACGCUACUACCGCGAGUCUCUGGGCAUGCGUGACUACACCGGAUACCUUGCUCGAGGCGUAAAGCAGCUCACCCACCGUUUCCCAAACAUGACUAUCCUGGAGGUCGGAGGAGGUACCGGACACGCAACCAAGUCUAUACUGGCAGAAUGCGAGGGCAAAUUCGACAGUUAUACAUUCACGGAUGUCUCCCCUGGCUUCUUCCCCACCGCCGAGGAAACAUUCGGUCGAGACUACGCGGACCAGGGAGGAGACCGAAUGCAGUUCCGUGUCCUCGACAUGGAGAAAGAUAUCGCGACCCAAGGAUUUGCCCAGGGUCACUAUGACCUGAUCGUGGCCAGUUUUGUGCUUCACAUAACAGAGGAUCUCGAGAGCACACUCAGAAAUGUGAGGAGGCUCCUCAAACCAGGCGGCUUCCUUAUCCUGGCCGAGCUUACAGACAACGACGUCAUCCGGUCUGGAUUCAUAUUUGGUUCACUACCAGGGUGGUGGAUUGGCGGGAACGAUGGUCGGGUGUUGAGUCCCUGCAUUGCGCCCUCGGAGUGGGACACGGUCCUGAGAAAGACGGGCUUCAGCGGGGCGGAUUCCGUGUCGGACGACCGAGAUACCCUGCCCCGACCGGCUUCUAUAAUUGUGUCUCAGGCUGUGGAUUGGCGCAUCCGCCUCCUGCGCGAUCCGGCUACCGUGGUGCAGUCUACAUCCGAAGUGUCUUCGCCUCUCAACAAGGAACUGAUAAUCAUUGGGGGACAGUCCACGACCUCCAUGGAGCUCGUCAAGGCACUGAAGACGAAUCUCACGCCACUAUACGGCCGAGUUCGCGACGAAAUUUCCUUGGACAAGGUAGCGGCCACCGACAUUACGCAAAACACCAGUGUUCUCAACUUAUUUGAUCUUGACACUCCGGUGUUUGAGAACCUGACACAGGAAAAGCUGUCCGGUUUGAAGCGCGUGGUCGAGAACGCAAAGACCAUUGUGUGGGUGACGUCGGGGAGGCGAAACAAAAAGCCUUAUGCGAACAUGAGCGUCGGAUUUGGGCGGUCUCUGUUCUGGGAGAUUCCUGACCUCCGGCUGCAGUUUGUUGAUUUCGAGGACGGGGUCGGGUCAGAGGCGCAAGAAGACAUGAUCACGGCAGAAAUGCUGCGAUUUGAAAUGUCUGCCGAGUGGAAGGCUUCUGGUGCCCUUGAUCGAGACAAGACUCUGUGGUCGGUUGAGCUGGAGGUGCUCUACGCCAAGACCAAGACAAGCAACUGCACGGGCUUUAUCCCGAGACUGGUUGUCGACCGUGAAGCCAAUCGCCGCUACAAUGCGGCAAAGAGGAAGAUAGAGGAGCCCACAGAUUUAUCCAAUGUCUGUGUCGAGGCCAUCCCAGAACCUGGCAGCACCGACGAAGACCUCCCAAGCUUGGAUUUGCAGAGAGGGCCUCUCGUUGACGAGAUGCGUGCCGAGCAACGCAAACAGUCCUCCGACAGGGCGAGCGAUACCGUGUUGCUGCAUGUGGAAUAUUCUUCACCAUUUUCCGUCCCAGUGGCAUCCGGCAGUCGACUCUACGUUCUCGCAGGCACAAUGGAAGGCACUGGGGCACUCGCAUUCGCGUUGGCCGAGACUACUGCGAGCAGCGUAUUGCUCCCCCAUCACCAAGUCAAACAGGUGGAUGCCAAGUUGACAAGGCGUGAUAUACUCACCAUGAUGUUGCUCAUUGUUGAUGGCUUCAUGGCGGCCAAUACACUGAAGAAUUUGGUGGAAGGGGAUGAACUCUUGGUUCAUGAGCCAUCGUCAAGUGUGGCGCUCAUCAUAAAGCGACUGUUUAGAACGCUAGCCCCAGGAGUCGUCGUCCACAUUACGACGACAACUGACCACUCAACCCCAGUCACGAUGGACAGCGACCAUGGCAAUCAUGACGACUUUCACUGGAUCAGGCUGCCGCAACGCCCCCAUCCUAGGACAAUCUCUCGGAUGUUGCCAAAACCGCAUUCCAUCGCAAAAUUCGUCAACUUUGCCACCUCGAAUGGCGACAGCUCCGGCAUGGACCGAACAAGCACGAUCAUUGAAAAACAUGUAGCAAACACAUGCAUAAAAUGCAGCGUCAAUACAUUCUUUACCAACGAGUCCGGAAUUGCGCAACACGACUCACCGUUUCUACGUCAGCACCUUGUCGCCAGAGUCAAUCUGGCUCAGCGGAUGCUCACCGAUUCCAGUGUGCCUCUUGGGGAGCGCAACCCGGUGUUGCUACCAGUGUCCAGUCUACGCACUGGACAAACGUCGGUGCUAGACUUCCAAAACAGCUCCGACUUGAUCGUCACAUGGGACUCGGACUUGCCCGUGGUGGUCCGACCGGCCGAUCACAGCAGCAGUCUAUUCCGAGGCGAUAGAAGCUACUGGCUAGUAGGCCUGACCGGAGACCUGGGCCUUUCCUUAACUCUUCCUGCACUGGCCGGCGUUGCUCAGGCGGCCAUGGUCCUGCGCGACUCGUUGAUCAAAGACAUGGACAUGUCUAAAAUGCAGUCCGUACUAGAUCCAAAGGUCCAGGGGAGCUUGAACCUAUGUCGCGUACUGGAAGGUCAAGAUAGUGGCCAACAGACCAAGCUGGACUUUAUGAUUUUCUUUUCGAGCAUGGCGGGUCUUGUCGGCAACUUAGGGCAGUCGAACUACAGUGCAGCUAAUGCGUUCCUGAUCUCACUUGCAGCUCAGCGGAGAGAGCAAGGACUCGCAGCCUCUGUGAUCAAUAUCGGAGUCAUUGUGGGCAUUGGAUACAUCACCAGAGAAGUCAGCGACGCAACCCUCGAGGAUGUGAGGGAGGGCGGUUACAUGUUCCUGCCGGAGCAAGCGUUCCACGCCAUGUUUGCUGAGGCUGUGACUGCAAGUAACGUAAACAGUGGAAGAGAUCCCGAGAUAUCCACAGGCGUUGCGCACGUUCAAAUGGAUGGAGAGUCCCGACCGAUCUGGAUUGACAACCCGAGGUUUUCCCACCACGUCCUGCCCGCCGCUAGAGACUACAACACGACGAGCGACAAGCCCGCAGGAAAUUCUGCAUCAAUCGAGACGCAAUUGGCAGAGGCAAAAAGCAAAGAAGAUCUCUUCAACAUUGUGAAAGAUGCAUUCUCCAUCAGGCUUCAGCAUCUCCUGAAGAUGGAUCCAGAUAUCGAAUGUCCUGUGAACAUGCCACUCAUGGACUUUGGGAUCGACUCUCUCAUUGCCGUCGAAAUCCGAAAAUGGUUCCUCAAGAAUUUGUCGGUCAACGUGCCGGUGCUCAAGAUACUUGGUGGCGCCACCGUCGCGGACGUCGUAAACCACGCAAUAUCUCAACUGAGCGCGACUCAGACACCUUUGCUAUGCAACCCACGGGACGACGAGAACCAGAAGGAACCUAAGACAGACACUCCGAAAACGAUCGACAAGGAAGUCAUCGACUAUGAGAAAUCGGCGGUAGAGCUAAGUGAUUCGGUCACCGAAGUCGACAACGGGCUCUUCCCCGACGGCACCACACUGAACCACACGACGUCGCUGCGAAUCACUGGGCAGGUUGAUUCCGCAGCUCUGAGCAUGGCCUUUGCGAAACUGGCUCAUGCUCAUGAAAUUCUGCGUACCUCCUUCUACAUGGACUCAACUACGGGUCAUGCUGUGCAAGCGGUCAUGGACUCUCCGACUGUACAACUUGAGGUAAAGCACCUAGGACGUGCCGGCAGAGACUACGAGAAGGAGGUAUCUCGUGUCUUUCGAGAGGUGCAGAGCAAUUGGGUCCAUGCGCUGGACCGAGGACAAGCACUCAGGGCGGUUCUCUUGACCAGCGAUGAUCCCGGUUUGAGCUUCCUCGUGGUGGGCUGUCACCAUAUCAUUGUUGACGGCUCCAGCCAGGAGGUUAUGAUGCGGGACCUGGCAGAAGCAUAUUCUGGCCAAACAAUCAUUCCCCGUCGUCCACAGUACCUUGACUUCACCCGCCACCAGAUGGAAGACCUCUCGUCUGGAUCACGAGACACGGAGCUGCAGUAUUGGCGCAAAGUGUUCCACAAUGUACCUGAACCGCUCCCCCUGCUGCCUUUGCCAGGUUCUGCCUCAACCAGGACGAAGAUGGGGAGCAACUACAACUUCCAUCGUGCAACCAUCACCCUCAGCCAUGAGCUGACGCUACGGAUCAAUGAGCAAAGCCGCGUGCUCAAGUCUACCCCCUUUCACUUUUACCUCGCCGUCUUUCGCGCACUCCUCGUCCGUCUGACACAGGGUGAAGACCUCUGCAUCGGGAUCGCGUCUGCAAGUCGAUCCCAGGAGAGUGCGGAUGGAAUCGGGCCAUACGUUAACCUGGUGCCUGUGCGGCUCUCUCGCAAAAGCGAUUCGGACAUGUUUCCGGGACUGCUUGAAGACACACGGAAUACAGUCCUGGAAGCCCUGGACCAUUCAGGUAUUCCUUUUGCGGCCAUUUUGAACGAUCUCAAACUGCCGAGGAACGAAUACUACACCCCACUCUUCCAGGCUCUUGUUGACUACCGAGAAGGCGUCGUUCAGGGCCCAGUGCCAUUCGGGGAAUCUGGCCUCACAAUGGAGGUCAUGGACUUCGAAACGGGAAUGACGGGCUAUGAUCUGAACAUUGAUAUUGCAAACUACAAGGGUGGUUGCAAGAUUGAUGUCAUGGUGCAAAGCAGUCUGUACUCGGAAGGAGACCCAGAACUGCUACUCGAGGCGUACCAGAUGCUCCUGGACGCAUUCUCUGCCAACGCGGAAAGGGACCUAUUCGAUCCCCCAAUGUUUGCUGCUGAGGACGUUGAGGCGGCGCUCGACAUUGGUAAAGCCACAUUGGUCCACCGCGUGGCUCAAAUCGCUUCUCAAAACGGUAGCGACAUUGCCAUUCAAGACGGGCACGGGUGUUCGAUCACGUACCAGCAGAUGCUCGACCGCGUGAUGGACAUAGCAUGCGAGCUGCUGGGAAUGGAUCUUGAUGAUGGUACAGUCAUUGCUGUGUUUCAAGACCGGACAACGGACUGCAUAUGCUCCAUUCUGGCGAUCAUGUAUACCGGCGUGAUCUACGUCCCCGUUGACGCAGAUCCCGACUCAGCGGCAAGAUCAGCGGCAAUCGUGAAAGAUUGCCGUCCGAAGGUGCUGCUGGCCGACGACACGACCAUGGAUUCAGCAAAUGCUUUGGAACUUGCCGAGGAGACUGUGGCAGUCAAUGUCUCCAAGGCAAAGCCCCAUCAUAUCCUCCCAGGAGAGACGCCAGCCAUCAAAGCCGCAGGCCCUGCGCCAGCGGUCAUCCUCUACACGAGUGGGACGACGGGCACGCCCAAGGGGGUGUCAAUCGCCCACAAAAGUCUUGUGAACGAGAUAGAGUUCUCCGCCGAGACGUACGGAGUGCGGAGAGAGAAAGUACUCCAGCAGAGCUCGCUCUCGUUCGACAUGUCAUUGACCCAGAUCUUCUCAGCACUCGCGUUCGGAGGCACCCUCUAUGUGGUACCCGCCUUUAUGCGUGCCGAUGCUGCAUCGGUGGCCAAGGUGAUCAACCAAGAGUGCAUCACGAUGACAGGAGCGACACCAUCCGAGUAUCUCUCGUGGAUCGCGCACGGUGCCGUGGAACUGCAGCGCUCGACAGGCUGGAGGACUGCCAUCUGCGGCGGCGAGCAGAUGACGGAGAGCCUCGUCAGCGGCUUCACUUCUCUGGGAAAAGCACCUGGCGAGCCGAAGCUGUUCAACGCGUUUGGGCCCACCGAAGCCACGUGCUCUUCCAACCGUCGCGAGGUUGAUUACGCCAAUCCCGGCCGUCUUGCCUUUCCGUUGAGCGUUGGGUGGACCGCACCCAAUGCUCGGAUAUACAUUAUGGAGCCCCAAUUGGAGACGGCAAAACCUUCAAACCACCCAUUUCCUGUGAGCUGGACUGGCGAGAUUGUUAUUGGUGGUGCCGGUGUCGCCUUGGGCUACCACAAUGACGCAUCAAGUCCGAAGUUCGCUCCCGACCUACUUGACCGGAGUCAGAAAAUGCACAAAACAGGCGACAUUGGAAAACUCCUACCUGACGGCCAGCUCAUGGUUCUUGGACGGACGCAUGGCGACACACGGAUCAAACUGAGUGGUGUCCGCAUGAGCCCGUACGAGAUCGAAUCUGCCAUAUUGCAAUCAGGGAAUGGAAGGAUCACCGAGGCAGUGGUCACCAAGAGGCGUUUCAAUGAGCUACGGAGUUGGGAUAUCCCCAGUGUCGAGGCCCUGGUUGCACACAUCGUGCUCCAUCCCGACAUCGGAUUGAACCCAACUGGAGCACAUGUAGCCUUGGGGGACAUUGAAGGAACAGACCCUCUGAGACUGCCGCGAGCCAUGCGGCCUAGCCUGAUUUUACCUGUUCCUAGCCUGCCCAAAAGUAGCACUGGCAAGAUAGACAGGAAUGCUGUGUCGAAACUGCCGCUGCCACAGUCCUCCCCCCAUUGUCAGCAGCCCUCACCUGAUGACCGCGAUAGCAGUCUUACACACAUGAGCGAAGGUGUCAGGAUAAUGGCAGGGAUGUGGAGCCAGGUUGUUCCGGCGGAUGUCCUCUCAAGACACGCGCUGACUGAGGGAAGUGAUUUCUUCAGCGUCGGCGGAAGUUCUCUGCUGUUGGUGGAGCUCCGAGAGCUCAUUGUGAAAGAGACAGGAGUCAGACUACGACUUGACCACAUGUUUGGUGCAUCCACACUGCAAGGCAUGGCGGAGUUGGUCCAGGAUACAAGGCUAGAGGUGGAUACGCCAACACAAACAAUGGUUGGCGACAAGAUCGACUGGGAUUAUGAAACCACGCCUCCACUGCCGGACACGCAGAACCACACAUGCGACCUCCCGAGCGACGCCCCGGAAUUCGACGAGGUACAACACCCGAAGGUUAUCAUCUUGACAGGCGCCACCGGCCAGCUCGGUCGCGCACUGCUUACUCGACUAUCCGACUGCCAGUCGGUCUCUGAGGUACACUGCCUCGCUGUUCGCGGCGCGUCGAGGCUUCCGAACAGUCCAAAGGUCCACACCCACCCCGGGGACCUGCGCGAGCCUAACCUGGGAAUGCACCCGGCCGACGCAGCCCGAGUCUUCGCCUCCGCGGACACCAUCAUCCACAACGGUGCAGAGGUCAACUUUCUCAGGCCGUACCGUAGCCUCCGGUCGACCAAUGUCGAGUCGACGCGCGAGAUUCUGCGUCUGGCCCUGCACUCCCGUCGCAGGGGCAAGAGCAUUGCCUUCCACUACAUAAGUUCCGCAGCGGUAUCCUUAUGCGCCGAAUGCGACUCUUUCGGAGAGGUCUCGGUGCGGAAGUAUACCCCAGAUGCCCUGGAUGGGUAUUCACAGACAAAAUGGGCAUCCGAGGUCAUGCUGGAACGGGCGACAGAAGUCGCUGAAAACCUUGGACUGACCAUACAUCGACCUUCUCACAUCAUGGGUGAAAAUGAUUCAGAUGAAUCCCCGCUACACAACGGCAGUCCUGACCUGCUGGAUGGCCUCCUGGACCACUGCAGGUUUAUUGGGGCAGUGCCGAAACUGGACAAGGUCAGAGGAACCAUCAACUUGGUUGCGCGGAAUGAUUGUGCUAGCAGCAUUUUCGGCCAUAUCAACACUCCAGUGGGAGAGAUGUCAACAAGGGGAUUGAAGUUCCUGCACCAUAUUGGCGGUCAAAAUAUUCUCCUUGGGGAUAUUAACGGCCACCUUGCACAAACAGGAGGAGAUACCGUGGAAGAGAUACCGCUAGGCGAGUGGAUGGAGAGAGCUAAAGAAGCGGGUCUGAGGAAAGACUUUGCUGCGUAUCUGCAGGAUCUCGAGCAGGGCAGCCACACGUACCACUAUCCCAUUCUACAGAAAGAGAGUUGUGAUGGGCGUUAA